AGUCUCUUAAUCUCUUAAUCUAUACUCUAUGGUCAAAAUUCAUAUUUAUCAGCUGUUCUACUAAAAUUCAAAACAAAAUUGUUUUAGCAUUUCUAUGUGAUUCCUAAGUAGUUCAAAAUUUUUAAUGAAUAUUAUAUAAACUUUAACCUAUAACAGUAAGGUCCAGUGUAAUUUAAAGAGCCCGUGUAGAUUUAUUUCAGUAUUACAUAACCUCUCAAAUAAAUGGCGGCGAAAAAAGUUGUUAUUGGCGGUGGCACUGGUUUCGUAGGUCAGCGUUUGGGCGAGCUACUAAAACUGCACCAGUACGAAAUUUUAAAUGUUUCGCGUAUGCCCGGCGUCAAUAACAUCUCAUGGUCGAAUAUAAAGAAGACUGGUCUGCCUCUGAAUACGUAUGCAGUGGUAAAUUGUGCCGGUCAACAGUUUAUGGAUUUUACUAAAAGCUGGUCACCUGGUUUUAAACAAAAUGUGCACAAUUCUCGUGUGUACACAACACAAGCUUUGGCCGAUGCAAUAAAUAAACACUAUAAAGACAAGAAGCCUGUAGCAUAUGUUGUCAUAACAGGAGUGGGUGCUUACGAACCAUCUGAUGACAAGAGAUAUGAUGAGGCUAGUCCUGCUGCAACUGGCACUGACUUCUUUUCUAAACUAGUGGUAGAAUGGGAGAAUGCUGCUAAAGUAGACCCACCUGUGAGACUUGUAAUAAUUAGAUCAGGUGCAGUUCUCGGACGAUGGGGUGGCAUGAUAAAAAACAUGUUCAUGCCAUUCUACUUGGGUAUGGGUGGUCCCAUCGGCUCUGGUAAACAAUUCCUGCCUUGGAUACACAUCGACGAUCUUGUACGGCUCAUACAUUUUGCGAUUGAGAACCCAGAGGUCAAAGGAAUAUUAAACGGUGUAGCGCCGCAAGUUAUAACUAAUGAGGAGUUCACAAAGGCUUUUGCAAAAGCGCUAAAUCGGCCAGCGUUUCUACCAGUCCCUGAACUGUUUCUUAACUUGCUGCUCAAUCCUGAACGAGCUAUGAUCAUGACGAAAGGACAAUGCGUCGUACCCAAGAAAGUCGAAGAUUACGGCUUCAAAUACAAAUAUCCUCACAUUGAAGACGCCUGCAAAGAAUUCUCACAUCUCUUCCCAAAGAAAACUUAACUGUAUCAAAAAUAUAAAAGUAAAUAUUGUUAAUUAGUCAUAAAUUUAAUUUAUUGUUGUUAUUUUCCUGUUUUCGUGCUUGUAAAUUUAUUAAAACACCGAGUUACAAAAAGUGA